AUGAAAGAUGAGGCUAAGAAAUGGUUUUGGACUGCAGAGGGAAUGACUCCAUUUUUUUUGGACUCGUUUGUGGUUACUCUCGGUACUCGGUUUGCCAUGAAGGAUUUGGGUUCCUUACAUUAUUUUCUGGGAGUUGAGGUCACUUCCACCUCUACAAGGUUGUUUCUUUCCCAGUCCAAGUAUGCCCAAGAUAUCUUGCGGCGUGCUUAUAUGGCUGAUAUAAAAUCAACAUCAACCCCUAUGGUGCUUCAACCCGAUAUGACUGAUACUGCGCCUUUCUCUGAUAUUACUCUGUUUCGGAGCAUUGUUGGUGCCUUACAGUAUCUUACCAUGACUAGGCCUAAUCUCUCUUAUGUCGUGAACUCUGUGUGUCAGUAUAUGCACGCUCCAACUGUUGCCCAUUUUGGUAUGGUUAAACGAAUUCUUCGUUAUGUCUGUGGUACUUUAGAUGUUGGGCUACGGAUUCUACGUGAUAGCUCUCUUGAUUUGUUUGCCUUUUCUGACUCUAAUUGGGUUGGGUGUCCUGUUACCCGUCGUUCAACUAUGAAUUUUUGUACCUUUCUUGGAGCUAAUUGUAUUUCUUGGAGUGCUAAGAAGCAGCCUACUGUUGCAAGGUCGAGCACUGAGGCGGAGUAUCAGGCCAUGGCCUCUACAACAGCAGAGUUGACUUGGUUGUCUUUUCUCCUUCAUGAUCUUGGUGUCUCUCAACCGUGGCCUGCCGUACUGUUUUGUGAUAACCUGAGUGCCCUUCGCAUGAUGGUUAACCCUGUCUUUCUUGCUCAUACAAAACAUAUGGAGAUCGACUAUCACUUCGUUCGUGAGAAGGUCGCUCUCGGUUCUCUGAUCACUCGUUUUGUUCCAUCCUCUCAGCAAUUGGCUGAUGCCUUUACUAAGCCGUUAGCUCACCGAGCGUUUCAUGGCAUCUGUGUCAAACUUGGUCUGUGCCUUCAUCCCCAGUCUAGUUUGAGGGGGGAUAUUAGACCACUCUCUAAAUCUGAACAAUCAUCUCAUGACCAACAGCCACGUGGGCAAGGUGUCACGUAG